UUAGAGCACUGCUUUUGUGAGUAACUUUAUAACAAAAGAAUUUUAAUCAUGAAUGGGAAUCGAAAUUUUAUUUGUUGCCCAGUGUGUACCUUGUAUUUGCGUGAAGGCAUAUCAUUAAAAAGUCAUCUCAACACACAUCCAAAAGAUCAAGUAAUAGAAGCUUUAAUUAGAUGUUCUUUUAUAAGUUCAGCACCAGCUAAGCAACAGGAAAACACUGAUUAUGAACUGCAGCAUGUAAUUGUCCGUUCAGAUGGUGAUGUCUCAGGUGUUGAAAGUACUCCACCAGUCCCGUACAAUCCUGCUGGUGGCAGUCAUUUUACUGCAUCAAUAACAUAUCAACAUUUUCUAAGCAGUAACACUCCACCUCCUCCAAAUCUCCCUCCACAGUAUGUAUCUGUGCCUACUGUUCUUGCUUCGCCUGUUGAAGAUGGCAACAAUGAUACUAGUCAGACUGCUGUUAUGCCAUUUAUAUAUAAUCCUUAUGUUGUUCCACAACAUCAGCAACAGUUUGAAGUGCUAAAUCCUAUUGCUCAACUUCCUCCAGAGCAGCCUCAUAUGCGCCAAGUUACUGAGAGUAACCAAAGUGCUUACUCAGAACAGUCACCUAUUGGAGCAUUAAAUUCAUUACUGAACCGCAGUACCCAGCAUUCUCCAAAUGUUCAAACUGACCAGGCUACACAGACAAAUAAAGACAGCCUUGUGUCUCAGCCUUCAUCCCCAAAUGAGAAAUCAUCUCAGACAGAAUUGUUGUCUGAUAAUGAAACAAAGAAAGAAGUUACAAAUGAUGCAAUUUCUGAUCUGCAGCAAACAAAUUGCAAUUCUGAAAAUGAAACGCAGAAUUCUCCAAAAUCAGGUACAGUUGAUACAAAUGCUGAGCAUACCUCAGCAGAUUGUUCUCCUGUGAACCAGAUUCUUGGUGGUGAAGAUGAUUGUUUAAUAGUUACUGAAACACACCGGACAAUUAAGCCUGCCAGAUUACUACAUAGCAGUGACGUUGUAGAUAAUAGUGAGAAACAAACACUGGAAUAUGUAACAAGCAAUGAGCCAGUCCUGACAUUUGAUGAUCAUUUUAAAGCUUCUUUCCCAGAAACUGAAAAGAGACAAGUAAAAGAAAGUGAUGUGAAUGUUCAGGAAUGUUCUCGUGAUACGGGAAGUACAGCAUUUCUAACAGAAAACAAUUUAACUCGCCCAUCGGACAGUUAUUCAGAUAACUGUGAGAUUAACACUAUUAAUGGCAAAAGCAGUUCAAUGGAAGUUUACAGAAGUACAGCAAAAGCAAAUAUUAAUUUAUCAGAAAACAUUGCUGACAACUCAGAAAUUACACUUAAGUCUAAUAUAAGUCUUUCAUCAAAAGAUUGCUCAGAAACUACACCUCGUGAAAUCCAGCAAAAUGACUCAGAAUUCACCUAUGCUAAUGUGUGUCCUGUAAGUUUAACUGAUACAGAGCCAGAUAAUGAGACAAUGAAGCAAAGCUUUCAGGACAAAAGUACUAGUAUGGACAUUGAGUGUCCUGAGACUUCUGAAGCAGUGGAUCCCUUAGAAUUGGAUAAUGUCUCUAUACAAGAAGAUACCACCAUUGAUGUAAUUGAACCACAAGUUUUCUUUCAUAGCCAAGACAUACCAGAUGCUGGUGUCAUUAAGGAGAUUACAGUUGAAACAUCGCAUAAAGAACUGAAACAAGAUGAUUCAUCUGCUCAGACUGUUGACUUGAACAUACAAGCUGAUGAAUUAAUGCCACCAAGAGGAGAGCUUUCUGAACAGGAAAGCCUGGGGGGAAAUGACAGCUCAAUGUGGACUCAGAGCUACAACGAUGGAGAUGUCUCAACUUCGUAUGACCUGCUAGCAAGAGAGAGCUGGGGCGCAUCAGAUGGUUCAGAUACAGAAACAAGUAGACCACUAAAUGACCUACCGGUUGCCAAAAGUAGUGUAAGAGAAAGUGUUUCUAAGAAGGGUAAAAUGAAGAAAGUGUACAAGUGUCUUUCUUGCACUGAAAUAUUCAAUUGUCCUAAGGAGAGGAGAGUUCAUCGUAGGAGGUUCCACACGGAUGCAACAGAAGUACGUAAGGAUAAACAAUUUGGUGACGUUUUCAGUGCUCCUACUGUGAAGGAAGAACUUGUAGAGACUGUGAAAGUAGAAAAUAAAAAUGUAGACCUAUGCGUUCCUCCUGCUGAGAGCUUGUCUACUGCAAGGACGCCUGACAGUAAUGGUCCAAGUAGUUCAUCAGCGGUGAAGAUUAAGACUGAGAAAACUGAUACUCCUGUAUUGGAUGUGGACCCUGAUCAGAAAAAAAUAAAAACAGGUGAUGGUUUAGUCGCCAAACUCAAACCAGAGCCUGCAGUAGGUGAGACACAGACAGGAAAUGGUCCGGAAGACACAGUGAAACAAGAAUAUAAAUGCAUUUCAGUGAACUGUGCUUUGGUUUUUACAUCGCAAGAUGAUUUGAAAGAACAUGUGCACACAGCACACAAACUCAGAAAGAAACGGGGUUGUCAUAUCUGUCCAACUUGUCAGGAAGCUUUCAGCACCGACGUUUUGUACCGUGCACAUUUAAAAAUACAUCCUCUGGAAUGCAAAUAUUGUGGAAAGUUCUUCACGAGACAUCAGAACCUUAACCUCCAUACAAACAGGCAUCUAGGAAUCAAACCAUUUAAGUGCGGUGUUUGUGACAAAUCAUUUAUAACCAAACAAAAAUUGACUGAACACACUAAUGUUCACACUGGAGAAGCUCCUAUUAGAUGUGAUUUGUGUUGUGAGACGUUUCGCCGGUACAGCAAUCUCAUACAACAUAAAAACAGACAUCAUCUGAAUUUGAAGAAAAAAGUGAAAGAUUUUAUUUGCCAGUGUGGUGAAGUAUUCCAUACAAAAAAGAAACUGGAGUGGCACAAAGAGACACAUGAUGCAAAACCAAAAUCCUGUGGAUUCUGCAGUGUGAGGUUUGUACAUGCAGUCAGUCUAACAAGACACAUACGCAAAGCUCAUGAUAGUCGUUAUGUACCUCAGAAGGAACGUGAAGGAGAAAAUGUUGAGUGCCCUGUCUGUUCUGCUGUCUGUCUUAAAAAUUCACUUUCGGCUCAUAUGCGUUUACAUUCUGGAGAGCGACCACACCAGUGUCCCCUUUGUUCAAAGAGUUUCACCACAAAAUGGAAUUUGCGGCUUCAUCGCUGGACCCAUACAGCACGUUCUGCGAAGCCAUAUAAAUGUGAAAUCUGUAGAGCAGCAUUUCACAGGGAAUCGUGCUAUUCAGCUCAUGUACGAUCUCAUCGUGGUACAAGGCCAUAUACUUGCAAUUACUGCGGCCGUUGCUUUGUGUAUAAAUACAAUUGUGUACGCCAUGUACGUGAACAUGAAUUAGGAAAAAAUUAUGUGUGUGGUGUGUGUGGAAAACUAUUUCAUAGAGGCUAUUACCUGAAGGAACACAUGACUGUGCACACAGGUAUACGGCCCUACACAUGCCACAUUUGUGGCAAAGCAUCUCCAACUAAAUCUAAUCACAAUAAGCAUCUGAAAAUUCAUCAUGCACGAGAACCUGUAAAUACUGAGGGUUGA